GCUCUAUCUCAAUCUCCCUCUUCGUCAGAAACAAAGGAGGCCCUCCAUCAGCAUUCAGCAUGUCCAAGGAGCCCACUACCAACCUGGAGAGUGCCAUGCAGAUGUUGAUCAAGACCUUCCACAAGUAUUCAGGGAAGGAGGGGGACAAGUAUACUCUGAGCAGGGGUGAGCUGAGGGAGCUAUUAACAGAGGAGCUGGGGAGUUACCUAGGGAACGCUAAAGAUAAUGACGGGGUAGAGAAGGUGAUGAAUGACCUGGACGCCAACAAUGACGGAGAGGUGGACUUCACUGAGUUUAUCAUCCUCAUGGGGGCGCUGACUGUCGCCUGCAACGACUUCUUCCUGGAGUUCAAGCAGGACGAAAAACCGGCAGGCACGGCUGCGACAACAGAGGGGGAGAAGAAGGAGUGAGGCGGCGGGGGAG